AUGCAAUCGGAAGCACAAAGGCAAAAGCAACAGUAUCAAAUACUAAAACUAAAAUACUUGGGAUUAGGUGAUGAAUCUACUACAAAGGAAGAAUGGUUAGAAAAUAUUCAGAAAGAUACCUAUUAUAGUCUCCAAGCUCAUUCUGCACUGCUAGAGUAUAUAUCAUUAGGUCAACAUGACUCAAGCAAAACUGAAACAAGGAUUAAGCUAUUAAAAAAGAUGUGUGAAAAUAAAGUGAAAAGGACUAUUGGAAAUGAUGAUAUUUCUACCAAAAAAUGA